AUGGCAGUUGACUGGACUGCAAUAGUUGGUAGUUCUCAGCCACAGGAAGGCAACUUGAGAGGAAGCAGCCCACCUCCAUCAAAUCCACAACAGUGGCUAACCCUAAUUGAAUCAACCACAGAAAACGCGCUUACGAAGACUCCCAAGGCGGCUUCUCUCGUCUCAACCUUUCGUUCUCCUACGCUUUUUCUUGCUGGGCAAAAAAGUGUUUUGCUAAGGAAAGAAUGUUACAAAUUUGAUCACUCUAAGAAUGGUUCUUCCAUCAAGGAAUUUGAUGGAUCCUGCAACAAUCACGUCACCCGUUCUGGACGGAAUGGGUUUCGUGGUGGAAAAGAGGGGAGAGAGCAAGGUGAGCUCUGUGUUGAACGUGGGGAAUAUGCACGUGCCUCAGGGUUUCUGGCGGGUGAUGUGGACGAAGCUUUACCACCGCCAGAGAAGAGAAGAAAAAUUUCUCCGAUUGUGUGGGACCUGGCAGAGAAGGAAGGAAAAAUACCUUCAAAAGGUAGGGUCAAACAGGUUACUGCUGUGUCUCCUUCUCUUCCAUCUCUAUCGAGCAGUCCUGGAGCCAAAGGUGUUUUGCGGUUGACUUCAUCAAAUUCCUCUUAUGUGUUGCCUCAAGAACAUUCGCAGAAACAUAACCAAGAUGUGGAUGAAGAAAAUGAUGUGCAAGGAAGGAACAUCAAGAUGUCAAAAUGGUUUUAUGAUGAUCUUUCACCAAGGGAUGCUAAUGAUGAAUACAAGCACGGCAAAGGGAGCCAAAGUCCUGAAACUGGUGAAUUCAGAAGAGAUUCAGACAGCACAAUCACUACGUCAUCAGGAAGCAGUGGAACAAAGCAUUAUCUGGGCCGUUCCAUUGAUGAUUCUUAUUCUAAAAAGGAGUUCCUUAUUGACUCUAUGGACGAAGUUGAGGUACAAAGUAAUGUUAGUGAUUCUCCAUCAGAUUCUGAUGCAAAUGGUGGUUUAAUACAUAUGCAGAGAAAUACAAACAUGCUUCAGAGUUCCAGAAGUGUGUGUGAAUUUGAAAUGAUUAAGAAAAUAAAUGAAGGAACUUAUGGUGUUGUCUAUAAAGCUAAGGAUAAGAAGACUGGAGAAAUAGUAGCAUUGAAGAAGGUGAAGAUGAACUUAGAGAGGGAUGGAUUUCCGUUGUCGGCCUUGAGGGAAAUGAACAUUCUCUUGUCUUCCAAUCAUCCCUCCAUUGUGGAUGUUAAAGAAGUAGUUGUUGAUGAUUUUGAUGGUACGUUUAUGGUAAUGGAGUACAUGGAGUAUGACCUUAAGGGGCUGAUGGAGGUGAAGAAGCAACCCUUUAGUAUUGGUGAAAUAAAAUCCUUGAUGAUGCAACUUCUUCAAGGUGUCAAGUAUCUCCAUGACAAUUGGGUUCUCCAUAGGGACUUGAAGACAUCAAACAUUCUCCUGAACAAAGAUGGGGAGCUCAAAAUAUGCGACUUUGGGUUGUCAAGGCAGUAUGGAAGCAGUCCGAAGCCAUACACUCCAGUUGUGGUUACACUAUGGUACAGAGCCCCUGAACUAUUAUUAGGCGCUAAAGAAUACUCAACAGCAAUUGACAUGUGGUCGGUGGGUUGCAUAAUGGCUGAAUUAGUUGCAAAAGAGCCUCUGUUCAGGGGUAAAACAGAACUUGAACAACUUGACAAGAUUUUUCGAACCCUGGGUACACCAAAUGAGAAAAUUUGGCCAGGAUUAUCCAAAUUACCUCGGUCUAAAGUAAAUUUUGUUAAGCAACCAUAUAAUAUGUUAAGGAAGAAGUUUCCAGCUGCAUCUUUCACUGGUUCACAUGUUUUAUCCGAGCUGGGAUUUGACUUGUUGAAGCAGCUUCUAAACUACGACCCUGAAAAGAGGAUAACUGCAGAAGCUGCUCUUCUUCAUGAUUGGUUCCAGGAAGCCCCACUUCCCAAAUCCGAUUUCAAGCAUAUUUUUCCUUCUUGGCGAUGAUUGGAUAAGUACUUUUACUGGAUGCAUGAAAUACCAAGAACAGUGCUAUUUUUAUUGUUAAUGUUUCCAACUUUGUCUUACCAAAUUAGUGAUCAUAUACAAAAAGUGAUGUGAUUGCAAAGGACCAGGAAAUGGACUUCAUGAGGCUCUUGCUUCUUGCUAAUUAGAAGCGGCAGACUAAUGUGUAUAGUGGCCUGAGAAGGUAUGGCAGUGUACCUGAUAUUUUUUUCUUCACUGAAAUUCCGUUGAUCCUCUCUGCCAGGGAAAAAGAUGUAUAUAUAUUUCAGGAUGUUCAGUAAUAAAAGAUGAAUUUGUGCUAUGUUUUUCUGCACUUAAUUUUUACACCAGGAAAUGCUCCUAAAAGCUUUGGGUGCAGCAAUUCGCCAAGCUUUGAUAUUCGUUGCAUAUAUAGAGAAAUAAAUCAAUAGCAGGGAAUUUUCAUUUCCAACUUGGUCAACAGGUAAUCAUGUGAAUUUCUAAAUUUGUAAGUUGGUCCCUGAAAUAAUACCAUAUUCUGUGCAAGAUUUGGAAGAAAAAAAAAUGCCUAGAUUUCCAUUUUCUGCAUGCUUCGUUCCCCAUGACCUUAGAUCAUAUGGUUGUUUAAUUCACAAGACGGGGGAAUGUUAGUUUAGGCUAUGGACUGCGUGCUCCGAAAUGGAUCGCACAUUAAGAAGUUUGCAGAAUUCAGUGAGGUGAGAAGAGAGGGUUUAGUACUGGAGGGUUGAAAGUAUGGCGUUAUCUAUAAGGAUGCGGAAGUCAUGAUCGGCUACCACUGCAAGGCAUGUUGUCUGUAAAUUUGACUAAGUUCUCACUUGAGUUGGUCGAUAUUUUUGCAGUGAAAAUCUUGUCGUGAUAGUAUUUUGCUUUGUUUAAUUAUACAGUGAUCUUGUUCAUGCUGGUGAAUAUAAAAACUGACCCGAUGGAAUUUCUCUUUGUUCGUCUGAAUAGGACAUGCAUAUAUGCAUCGUGCUCCUAAAUAGACAGUUUACACUGCAGCUAAUUUGAAUGCAAAUUCUGGAGAGUCUAUUUUUUGUCGGCUGUGAGAAGCAAGUAGUCAGAGAUGCUUCAACAAAGUAAGGUGGCGUCUGAAUUUUUCAUUUUCCGUCAAUGUUUUCCCUCUUUAAAAAGAAUGUGAUUUUUUUUUUUUGUCAUUUUUCUCCUGUAUUUCAGCUCAAGGUGCAAUCAUCUUUCUUUUACUUUCAACUAACCAUAGUCCCAAGAUUUAAAGGGAAGUAAAUUUUUUAAAUAAGUAUGUAUGUGUUUAUUUUUUAUUUAAUUUGAAAUUAUUAGAAUAUAAACUUUCAGGAAAAAUAAUAUCGUCUUUUAAAGGUUCAACCAUCUUUCGGUUACUU